ACACCUCGCUUGCUCAUUUUAACAUGGGUAGGCAUUAUAUUUGUCGAUAUUUUACACUCAGCGUUAGCGAGGUGAAAAAUGUGGUCAAAUAUAAUGCCUACCCAUGUUAAAACGAGCAUAGAGCAUGACACGAAGGAAUUAUUUCGAUUCUAAUAGGACAAAUACAGUAUUUUUAUAGGUCGAAGCGUCGGGAAAUACUGUGAAAAUGUUUGGCUUUUCCCAUUUCCUUCCCGAGGAGUCGGUGCAUUACAUUUCAUAUAAAUGAUAAGUUUAAAAACUACGAGCAGGGAUAAACUCAGAUUCAUCAGUAUGGAGGGAAGUGUUGGGGAGAAGAUUAAACAGGAGGAACAAGAAAAAACAUCAGUUGAGGAACCAGUCAUGCAGAGCCAAAGCAACACAGAAAAAGAAGCAAAUGAUGAAGAAAUCACAGGAAACAUAUUACAUGAUUGUGAUAUAUGUGGUAAACAAUAUACAUCUAAUUAUCAGUUCAAGUUACACAUGCGACAUCAUGCUGGAAUGAAAGUUUACACUUGUGAAGUGUGUGGUUUUGCCGUUUUAAGGAAAAAUGCUUUGGAAAUACACAUGAGAACUCAUACUGGUGAUAAACCUUAUCAGUGUGAAAAAUGUGGAAAAGGGUUUAAAGAAAAAGAUCAUGUGUUGAGGCACAUGAUAACACAUUCUGAUGAUAGACCCUUUGUUUGUGACAUAUGUGGUAAAACAUUUAAGCAUAUUCAAAACUUAAAAAAACAUGUAAAACAACAUGCAAGUGCCAACCCUUACAAAUGUGAUGUGUGUUGUAAAGGGUUUAGUCAGGCUGUUGAGUUAGAGGAACACAUGAGAACACACCCCGCCCAUGAUGGUCCUUUUAAAUGUAAUGUGUGUUAUAAAGUGUUUAGUCAGCAUUUUGAUUUAGAGGAACACAUGAAAACAGACCCUGACGGUGAUGGUCCGUAUAAAUGUUAUGUAUGUUGUAAAGAAUUUGAACGGAGUGAGCAAUUACAGAUCCACUUAAGAGUGAUGCAUAAAUGCAUUAAGUGUGGAGAAGUGUUUAAAACUUCAGCUCUCUUAAAGAUACACAAGAAAAUACAUGUUGGUGAAAAAUGCUUUGUAUGCAGCAUAUGCGGUACAGCCUUUAAGGAGAAGGCAACCUUACAAAAACAUUUUACUAGACAUUCUGAUGAAAAACCUUUUAAAUGUGAUGUAUGUGAUAGAUGCUUUAGGCUGGAUAAACUCCUAAAAACGCACUUGAAAGUACAUACAGGUGAUAGGGCUCAAUUUAUAUGUAAUGUAUGUGGUAAAGUGUUUAUUAAGAGGUGUUCCUUAAAGGAGCACAUGAUACUACACAGUGGUGAAAAACCAUAUAAAUGUGAAACAUGUGGUGAUACAUUUAGUCAGAAUAGAAGUUUAAAAGGACACUUGAGAAAGCAUAAACUUUAUAAAUGUGAUGUAUGUGGUAAAGAGUAUAGUCAAAGUCAUAGUUUAGCAAAUCAUGUCAUGACUCACACGGGUGAAAGUCCAUAUAGAUGUAUUGUCUGUGAUAAAGGUUUUAUUGUUAAAGCAGCCCUUCAAAAACACAUGAGAAAACACUCACAGGAUCAUGAUGAUAGACCUUACAAAUGUGGAGAGUGUGGGAAGGGAUUUACAGGGCCUUAUUUUUUAGAGACACACUUGAGGUCCCAUACGGGGGAUAAACCUUAUAAUUGUGAUAUAUGUGGUAAAUAUUUUAUUUGUACAAGUAGUCUUAACACACAUACACAGAGAUUACAUACUGCAGUCAAACCUUUAAAUCCUGAUAUAUCUGGUGAAAAUUUGAGUUCUUCAACUAAUCUUAAUCUACAAACUACUUACCAUGCUGACAAACAUCAUAAAUGUGAUAUUUGUGGUAAAAGGUUCCGUAUGCCAAGCAUUUUAAAAAUACACAUGAUCACACACACAGGUGAGAGGCCAUAUAAAUGUGAAAUAUGUUGUAAAGGACUCUGUACUUCAACCAGCUUAAAAAAGCAUAUGAAAUUACAUACUGACCCAACCAAGAUAAAAAGGCACAUGAGAUUACUCAUCGAUGCAGCCGACAUGAGAAAGCACAUGAAAUUACACAUUGACACAACCAACUUAUAAAAAGCACAUGAGAUAUCUAACUGACCCAACAAACUUAAGAAAGCACAUGAAAUUACUCACUAAUGCAACCAACUAAAGAAAGCACAUGAAAUUACUCACUGAUGCAACCAACUAAAGAAAGCACAUGAGAUUUUUCACUGACACAACUAAUUUAAGAAAGCGCAUGAUGUUGCUCACUGAUGCAACCAACUUAAGAAACCAUUCAUGAUUAUAAACUGACAAGACAUCUUUGAGAUGUGAUUUACUUUUUGAUAAAGGAUAAUUAGGCAACUCACAUUUGAGACCACUAAGACCUUGAUUAAUAUGAUACCAUUAGGAUAUUCGUUAUAAGGUUUGACUAAAACAUUACAAACACUAGCAUGAUUGUACACUGAUCACAACACACAGUAUUCUUUUCAACAUAAUAUAUUCCACCUGAUAUGUUUUCUUGAAUCCUCUCCCCUUUUUAAAAAAAAAUAUUGGAUCUGCCCCUGAAUAGGACACAUUGAAAUCUGCAUUUAUGUAAAGCUUUUAUUUUACCUCACUUGUUUUAAGAAAAAUGUUUGUUAUAGUCCGAAAAACCUGAAUCUCACAGAUGUGCUUUACAUG